AUGAGGUUUUUUUGGGAUAUUAGACCUCUUACUGCAAAUCCAUCUGACUCAGAUGUCCAUCACUAUGAGUGCGACAUAUCGGAUGCGAAAGCUGUAGAAGCUGUAGCUGAUCGAGUCAAAAACGAAGUAGGAGAUCCAACAAUCAUUAUCAAUAACGUUGAAGUAGCGAAUGGAACAUUUAUCAUCGAUCUUAAUCCUAGUGAAAUUCAGCGCUUUGGAGUGAAUAUAAUGGCUCAUUUUCACCUCUUGAAGGCUUUCUUACCAACAUUAAUUGAACUAAAGAACGGAUACAUCGUCAGUACAAUUUCUAUUGUGAAUCUUGAUAUCAUCACUAAACUCAUCGCGAUCAUCUGUUUCUACUUGUUCUUGUCAUCUCAGGUCACUGUAGCUUCAAUUUUAGGCACUUUUGGCGUCUGUCAAGCUUCAGAUUACUGUACUUCAAAAGCAGCUGUUUUGAGUUUACAUGAAUCACUUGAACUAGAUUGUAGGUUCCUAAAUAUCCUCAUUCCCACUGUAUCUUUCUUUAUUGAGUGA